CUGCCCGACUCGUAAUAUAUCUUCAUGAGCAGAGGUUGACCAACCUCCUCGUUCUGCUCCCUAGGGUAUCCUCUCCUCCCCAGGACAGUGAGUUGUAGGAUUUGAUGGCACCACGAGAUGGUCCUUCCCAUGCUGCUCAGGGGCUUUUAUUGUUUCCUUACCACAGUAUCUCGCAAUUGCUCAAUAUAUAGUCUCGUGCUGCGUGCAACUGACUGGUCUAGACCGACUUUAUUGCCUGCCACAAGAACUUGGGAUUUGGAAGGCCUCUUAUGAGGCUGAGUGAGCUUGACGGACUAGCCGCUGCAUGGGUUCCGACCGUUGACCCUAAAUGAGGGCUGCUCCAGAACAGUGCCUCUGGCGGCCUCACCACUUCAUCUGAGACGGAUCGCUCUUUGAGCUUGCACCACUGACAAUGUGAGGUUUGCCAUCUCUGCCUCCGAGGUGUUACGAACCAAUUGCUGUUGUGGCCCCAUCCUCCUAGCCUCGUCAACCCUCUCUAGUCACGCUAGGGCUGACGCGGGAAAUGAAGGAUUGACCCAGGGAUCAGCAAUUAAAACUACUCGAACUGGCACAAAUCCCAGCGACAGCUUGCGCUCGUUUGGUUCUCAUCAGUCUUUCUGCUGUUUCCUGCUUCGGCGUGCAUUUUUGCCUUUCAAGUCUCCUUUGUUGAUCAUUCUGUCUACAUUUGCUCGGGCAGCUGGCUGUCGGGAUGGAUACCAUUCGUGGCUCCAUGAGCCAUCGUUUUAUGCUUCUAGGUCUUCUCGCAUUAACUCAACUCGAUAUUGCUCGCGCUGGGGUCUCCCUCGAUCCCGUCAAGAACUUUUGCAGGAGGAUUGGACACAGCUCUGUCUACAAGAAUGGCACCCUCUAUAUCAAUGGCGGUCUCGAAACUUAUGUGGACUUCGGUGCAGACGGACAACAAGACUUGAGUACCAUUACUUCGGGCAUCAAUGAAAAUCUGAUCUCCGUCGAUAUGACCGCCUCUUGGGACUGGAAAACGAAUGUGUCCAUUUCCCAAAACGCCAGACAUGAAAGUGGUAGCGUUUCAGGCAUGCAGUGGCCUGUCAAUGUUCACGAUGGCUCCCUCUUUGGAGGAAUGGAUUCUUCCACUACUCUUUAUAUGUUUGGCGGGACGACGUCGAGCUUUAAUCAGUCUUUCCCUUAUUUCGAGAUUCCGCCUACCACUCAAUACGGUCUCUGGACCUAUGACAUGGAUGCCGACGUCUGGGCGGCUGUCGACACCUCCGGAUUCUUGGACACGAUACCGUCAUGGGGAGCGAACGCCGAGGCUCCAGACCAGGGACUUGCUUUCUACGUGGGUGGCCAGAUUGAUAGUGGAACAGCAAAUACCACUCAAUUUUUGGGUGAGGAUACCGUUGGUGUUGGUGGAAUGGUGAUUCUCGACACAACGAGUAACAACAUGAAGAACGUCACUGUCGACGAUUCCGUUAAGAGCAACCGACAAGGCGCUGGGAUGGUGUACGUUGACAACUUUGGCGACGCCGGGGUGCUUGUGCUCCUUGGUGGAGAAACACAGGCAGACGGCCUCCUUCCCAUGGACGAGAUCUGGGUCUUCGAUGUCAGCUCCGCAGACUUGAGUGAUAAUCCGUCUUCGGGCAAAAACAUGUGGUACCAACAAACGGCGACAGGCGACGUUCCCACUACCGGACGCACGGAUUUCUGUUUGGUCGCUGCACCGGCUCAGGAUAACAGCAGCUCGAGCAUUUAUCUCUAUGGUGGUACCUCUAACGGUACGAUCUUCGACGACGUCUACGUUCUCAGUCUUCCCUCCUUCACCUGGGUCAAAGUAUAUACUGGGCAGGACGCUCGGUGGAGCGUGACAUGCCAUUUCAUUCCCCCUCGGCAGAUGAUCACAGUCGGAGGAGGCGGAAAAAGCAGCAACAUCUCUUCCGAUUGCGAUUGGGAACAGAAGAGCUUGGCCGUGCUUGAUCUCAGCACUAUUGGAUGGUCUAGCGUUUUCGACGCUGCAGCACCACUUUAUGAUGUGCCUGAUGAUGUCGUCACGGCUAUUGGAGGGGGACCAGCAGGCAAUGCCACCAAGAGCCAGCCGGACGGAGGAUGGGCCGAGUCGGGGCUCAGCGAGCUCUUCACCAUCAGGAAGACAGCGACAACUACUCCCGCACCGAAAAGCAGCACAACUGUGACGCUUUCACCCACUCCCACUCCCACCGAGGUCCAAGAUAAUAAGAGCAGCGGCUUGUCUGGCGGUGCAAUUGCAGGGAUUGCGAUUGCAGCGGUCGCUGGUGUGGCCAUUGUCUGCGGCGCGAUCUUCUUCUGGCUUCGUUCUCGUCGUCAACACAGACAAAACGUGGGCAUGGAGAUACCCGAGAAAGAUUCGCUCCCAUCAUACAGCACCGCCGCUUCUCAAAACACACCGGAACUUGGUGGCACUCCCCAGGCUGCAGAAAUGCCUGCGAAGAUCAGCCCUGGUCCACCGAAUCCCGCGGUUCAGGAGCCAGUGGAAAAGGACGCAGGGACCGUCCAAGGCCCUCAUCCAUCAUUGAGACAAAAUGGACCGGCAGAAAUGGAGUAAAAAUCUAGAGGUUUGGCGCCCAUGUUUCGAUGUUUGUGAUUAGAUUGAUGUGCCAGUUAGCGAUGCCCUUCUAAUGAAAUGGUUUGUAUAUUGGCGGCAUAGGUACAUAGUAUAUAGGAGUUUCCGUCGAUUUAGGUUGACACCUGCUUGUAGGUGUUAAUGCCUAUAACUAGUCGGACUUGGAUCGGAUCCCCUUUUUUUCCUGCUCCGGCCUCCGACUCGAUAGUUUUUCCACUGCUGUGGAUGACGCAAAGUUUGUUC